AUGAGGUUGUUUUUAAAAAGAAACCCAGAGCUGGCCAAACGUAAGGCACAGUUUCUAAAUCCAGCCCGUGCCCAAAAAUUGAAUAAACCCAUUGUAUUCCACCAUUUUGAACAAGUAAAAAAACUUUACGAUGAACUGAAAUUGCAUAACCAUCCAGAAAAAAAUUAUAACAUGGAUGAAAAGGGCUGCAGGCUUACGUUACAUCACCAGCAGACAGUGAUCUCACAAAAAGGAGCAAAGAGGGUACACAUACAAGUGGCAGAACAUGGAGAAAAUGUAACAGUUGUUGGCUGCGCCAAUGCGAUUGGAAAUCCUGUACCUCCAAUGAUUUUGUUUAAAGGAAAAAGGAAGAUGGUAGAGUAUGAAAAAAAUCUUCCUCCAGGGUCUAUUGUUCAAAUGGAUAGAAAAGGAAGCAUGACAACUGACCUAUUCAUCAUCUUUAUUAAGCACCUAGCCAAAUAUAAAACAUUUGGAAAAUGUUUACUCAUUUUUGAUGACGCAAAGUGCCACUUGGAUUUUCGCAUCGUAGAAGAAGCUGAAAAAAAUGACAUAGUGCUGUAUUGUCUGCCAUCGAAUACUACGCACGAGGUUGCAACCUAUGGACAAGACUUGUUUCAACCAUUUGAGACGUAUUGGGAUCAAGAAGUUUUACAAUUUCUUUACGAAACUCGUGCAAAGGCAAUCUCAAAACAGCAGUUCAAUAAAAUAUUAACACGGGUGUGGGCCAAGUGUAUGACUACUGCAAACAUUACCAGUGGGUUCAGUGCGUCCGGUCUUUAUCCACUUAAUCCUAAUGCAAUAUCAGAAACUGCUUUUGCCCCAUCAAUUUUAACCCAACGAUCAAUCCAUUCAGUCUUGUCAAAUGAAAAUGAAGUACUUGGACAUCCUUCACCAAACUCCGAUACUGCAAUGGACACACAUGAGGACUCCUGCUCCUCGCCGCCCAUUGCUACUUUACGAGAAUUAAGAGAUCUGAUUGCAACAGAAAUUCUGCCAGGAACACCUGACACGCCAGAUAUUCAAGUAUUUGAAAAUUAUUCUUCUGUGCGUCAUACGCCAGCAUUCGCUGAUGAUGAAAAUCUGCCGUGGACUAGUGGAAUACACAAUAAACAGUCUCUUGUAGCUUACAGCGACACAGACGAAUCUUCUGACACUGAAACUAAAAGAAAAUUUGUAAAAUCUAAAGUUAUCAGCAAAUUUUUAAACAGACCUCUUCCAGUACGACGUUUGAGGAUUUAUUCGUCUACUGAUUCAGAAACAGAUGUCACGAACGAUGGAUCCAAAGUAGUAUCUGUUCCUCAAUCUCCACAAACUUUUGAGGUCGCCGUAGAUGUACAUCUGUCUCCUAAAUCAAAAAUAAACCAAGUACCUGAAAGAUCCGAACAUAUUUUACCUCUAUCUCAGCAUUCAAAAUCUAUCAUUUCAGCAAGUCCAAUAAUUUCAUACCUACCUCGGCCUCAAUGUACGUCUACAAGCCCAAGAAAUUCAUCACAAGACUCACCAGAUGAAGAUAACGUCUCUUUAGCGCAAAUAAGUACAAAAUCUCCAUUCCAGAAAUUUAUGCCAACACCUGAUUAUGGCGAUAUUAAAACUAGACCACGAAAAAAAGCCUUAAAAUAUAAAGGUCAAAGAGUAACAAAAGAUUUGUUUAAAAUUAAAGAUACAAAAGUCGGUGAAAAGAAAGCAAUUUCAGAUAAAUUAAAAAAAAACCUGUAA